AUCGCGAGAGCCCGUGCUCCUUCCGAGGGUGCCAUUCCCACCCUUGCAUUGUGCGCUCUGUCCUGAGGAACGUACAGAACGCUGCGACGACGCACCUGACUGCCCCAUUGGACGGACAUAUGCACAUCAGCAGCUGGGAAGGAAUCAGUGUUCCCGAGUCACCACAAUAGGCCAGAACAACCUCAUUUCAACAGUAAUCGCAGCUGAAAAAUCAUUACAGGAUGGCUGUGGAGCUGUAUGACUCUCAGUACCUGCUGAUCCUGGCACCAUCUUUGGUGAUUGCUCUCAUUUUUCUGUUCUUCUGGCUCUUCAUGAAAGAAACUUCAUAUGACGAGGUCCUGGCCCGUCACAAAACUCAGUUCAAGUACCCCAGUGUGCGUCCUGAUGUGCGCAAGAAAAACGAUCGGAAGAAGAGCAAGAAGAAGGAGGGAGGAGGAGGAGGGGGAGGUGGCGGUGGGGAUUCAGAGGAGGAAAUGAGAGAUGCAGACACACCUGAAGCUAACACCAGUGCCGUCUCUGAGGAAGAAGAUCUCGCAGAUGUUGUUGCUAUUGCCGCUCCAGCAGUGAUGGCAACUUCACCUGUUCAGGCAGAACCAGCUGUUGGAGUAAGGAAGAGGAGGGAGAGAAGGCAAAAGGCACCUCCAAACGCCACGACUCCAGCAGCAGAGGAGCAAGAGGUCAACAGCUCUAAGCCUUUCCCCACAAGCAAGGCAGACCCACCAACACCAGUUAUCAAACAACUUACUCCUCCUCCACAGCAAAACCGCCCUCCUACCAAAGCCGAGACUGGAAGUAAGAAGAAGGCAAAGAAGCUGAAGACAGAGACAGGUCUGAUGGCAGAAGAGCCUGCCUGUGAAAUUAAGGCCCAGCUACCAACACCUGUUGCCAAAGAAUUACCUGUUACUUUGGCUGAAACGAAAUCCCAGGACCCCGUUUCUUCACCCGUUAAUAACAGCACCCCACCACUGGUUGCUGUUCCAGCAGCAGUCAGCAGUGGGAAGAGGAAAAGCUCCAAAAAACAAAAGAUGGAAUCAGCGGUAGCGUUGGAUAAUGCUCCCAUUCAGACUGCAGUUUCUACUGGUGACUCAGUGGUUCCUGACAACCACCAGAGCAGCUACAAUGAGAAUGCCCCCUCUCCUACAUCAGGCCCUCUUCGCGCAUCUACUAAACAUAGCAAGAAGCAAAAGAAUGAGACCGACAGGGUAGAGAACUCCGAGGUGAAGUUGAAGGAGUUGCUUUCUGGACUGAGUGGCUUGGCUCUGUCCGACGCAGAGGUGGUUAAUGUGGUCUCCUUGCUUCACGAGAGGAGCCCUGGAGCUCUGGAGUCGUGGUACAAGUCUGCAACUAAGAAUGAUCCCUCAGUGCAGCAGCAGCAGGAGAGAGAGAGGCUGCUGAACACACUUCAGGAGGAAGCCUCCAUUGCCAAAGACAAAGUCAAGCAGCUCUCACAGGAGCUGCAGUUGGAAAAGCAGAAGACCAGCCGUGCAGAAGGUAUGAUGAGGGAGCAAAGGGUUGCCAUGGAGAAAGAACUGAACGUCAUUCAGACGAAAUCACAGACCAACUACCAGGAGCUAAACAACUACCAAAUCAAGCACUCCCAGAUGAGGGAACAGCUGGAGAACCAGAUAGCUCGACUGACACAGGAGAACGGGAUCUUAAGAGAUGCUGUCAGCUCUGCCACCAACCAGAUGGAGACCAAGCAAUCUGCUGAGCUCAACAACCUUCGUUCUGAGUGUGCAGGCCUCAUGAAGGAGCUAAAUGAGAACGGUAGCAAGCUGCAGCAAGAGGAGCUUCAAAGGAAAAAUCUGGAGGUCAACUACAAACAGAAUGUCUCCCAGCUAGAGGUUCAGUUACAGGACGCCAAGCGUCGCUGGGAAGAGCUUCAGAACUACCUUCACAGUGUCAACGCAGAGAGAGAGAAACUGCAAGCAACUAAACAAGAUCUGCAAAAUCAGCUGAUGGCGUUGGAGACUGAGAUGAAUAACAAGAACAAGGAGAUCCAGACACUCCACAGCAGCCUGACUGACACCAUUGUUUCAAAAGAACAGGUUGAACAGAAAGUCAUGCAGCUGCUCGAGGUUUCUCAGCACAGCCUUCCUGAUGAGUCUCUACAGCAGCAAGCACAGGAUCUUUUGAAUGAAAACAAAUCCCUACUGGUCCAAAUUGAAGGUCUCAAAUCUACUGUUGCUUCUCAGGCCACCACAAUGUCUCAUUUUGAAGAACUCCAGAAGCUACUGGCGGAGAAGGAGCAACAGAGGAUGAGUCUAGAGGAUUCUUUGAAUGCAGAAAGGACUAGUGGAGCCAGCAGAGAAACUAACAUGCAGGCUAUUCACAAUGACAACAUGAGCCUGAAGGCAGAGCUUCAGAAACUGCAGGUUCAGAUUUCCGAGCAGGCCUCAUCUCAGUGUGCAGUGGAGCAACUCCAGCUGAGCCUCCAGGAAAGAGAUGGAAAGAUCAAAACAGUGGAGUCUGUCUUGGAGGCGGGGCUCAUUGAGAUGGCCAAUAAGGAGGAAGAACUUGUGGUGCUGAGGGACGCAAAUGAAAUGCUGAAAUGGAGAGUAGAGGCUCUGCAGGAGCAGACUUCAGUACAGGCAUCAUCAGAGUCUGUUCUGGAGGAACUCGAGCAACAGAUCCAGGAGAAAGACGUGAAGAUCAAAUCAGUGGAAGAGUGUCUACAAAAAGCAAUGGACAAUGGAGCAAGCAAAGAAGAAGCCAUAAAGACUUUGGAGGAGCAGUUGGAGGCCCUGAGGAUUGAAGUAGAUCAACUUAAGGGAAGAGAAUCACAAGAGACAGCCACUGACUUCCACUCUCAGAUCCUGGAGCUUCAGACACAACUCGCAGACAAAGAUCUGGAGCUGCAGGCCCUCCUGAAGGAACUUGAAGAGAAAGCAAAACAGGUUGAGGAGAACCAGCAGCAACAGCAGCAAGCUCAAUCAGAUGCUAGUCAGGAACAGCUCAUCGCGUUGAUGGAGAAGAACAAACAGAUGUCUGACUUACAGGCUGAGCUUGUAGAGCUGAAGGAAGCGGUGGAACUCCACAAGAGGAAGAAUAACGUAAGAUGUUUUUUUGCACCCCACUGGUCAUUUAAGAGGCUCUCUUGUAAGAAUAUAUUUUCUUACUGACUAUCCUGGUGCGUUUGUGUUUCUACAUUAGAAAUCCAAGCAGUCUAGUCCAAGCUAUGGAGCCAUAUUGAAAGAUUCCUGACUGUUAUUGGUCUAAUUGGUAUAGCUGAUAGAGCAUUCUCCGUUUAAAAAAAAAUCUAAAUGAGGUAUUAUGAGAUUUCAUUGCUUCGUUAUUUCAGCAUCAAGCACGUUGGCUUGUGUACAUCUUGUAUAGUGGAUUUUCUCUUGUUUCCCCAUGAAUUUGAUAUGGAUAAUUCCCAUUGGUAAUGGUAGCUUUCUUUCAGUCAAAUGCAAAGUAAGAGUUGUGUCUUUAUAUUUGAAGUCCAUGGUUGUUGGAAUCAGUUCCUCUAAAAUGAAGGUGUUGUUUGUUGGUUACAGUUUUAUUUGCCAUCUAGCUAGCUGACCAAUGAUAAUGCAAUAAUUAGUUUAUCGACGGGUGCAAACGACAAACAUGCUGCUAUCUAUCAAUUAAGAAGUAAAUAUACAGUAUCUCAGCUAGAGUCUGUGUUGCAGAAUCUUUUGUGAAGAUCUUUACCUCUGCCCAGCAGCUGUUAUUCCUUACAUGCUGCCUGUUAAUUAUUCAUGAGAUUAGUUCUGUAUGUAUGGAUGUAGUUGCUUCAGAACUUGCUUGGACACAUCCUUGACCUACAUGGAUAAAAUGAGGCAUGUUUUAAAUACUGUUAUACACAUAAUGUUUUGUUUAUAUUUGAUAAUCAACAGAUUUAAUGUUAAGAAGGCUUUCCACUCCAUCUGUGACUCUUUACAUGCUAUGUGUGCUAAUUUCUGCUAUUAUUGGUUUGCAUAUGAAACCUCUGUGAUUUAACAAUCACGACAGUUUAAGGGUCAAUACCUUUUUAAAUCAUUGCGUCAUCAAUGGCAGCAA